UUUGCUUUCGGAUUAGUCCACGGAGUCCGUCUCCGGAACGCGGCGUCACACCUGAGGUGACAGGACAGGGAAAACGCGAGAGGCGUUGUCUGCCCUAAAUAGAGACGGACCUGAGGAUCGGCAGUGGCACCGCUCAGGUGACCCGGCCGCCGGAGCCCGGGACCUCGCACCUGUCGCUCUCCAGCUACUCCCCUCCCCCUCGCCCUCCCCAGUCUGCAGGUGCCGAUGGCAGCCGCCGUGCUGACGGACCCGGCGCAGGGGAAAGUGAACUUUGAGGACGUGUUCGUGUACUUCUCCCAGGAGGAGUGGGGGCUCCUUGAUGAGGCUCAGAGGCUCCUGUACCGCGAAGUGAUGCUGGAGAACUUUGCCCUUAUGGCCUCACUGGGAUAUGCAUCUUCCAUGUUCCAUGGGGUUGCCCCACUGGAGCUGGACAGUGAGCCCUGGCUAUCUGACUGGGCCGACAUGACUCCAGCCAUGACCAGAGAGGCUCAGAGUGGGGGUGGCCCUGGUUGUUCGCAUGGAAUGGAGGAGGAGGAGAUACAUUUUGAGCAGAGCGUUUCUGUAAAAGGAGUGUCACAGGUCACGAUUCCUAAGACGAUUCUGUCUUCCCAGAAGGCCCACCCCUGUGAGACAUGUGGCCCGAUCUUGAACGAUGUUUUGUACUUGGCUGAGCACCAGGAAACACACCCUGGGCAAAAACCACACAUGUGUGUGGCAUGUGGGAAACAACUCUGGUUCAGUGCAAACCUUCACCGCCAGAAGCAGCACAGUGGAGAGAAACCAUGCAGAGGGGAUGAGGGUAGGGCCUUUCUUGUGAACGGCUGCUCUGUCCAAUCACUGGGCAUGCCCUUUACCACAGGGGAGGGUUGUAAGGACUUCCCCACUAGCUCAAGCAUGUGCCAGCACCAUGCCCCUCUUAGUAAGUGGAAGCCACAAAGUAACACCAAGUGUGCAGAGGCCUUUCACAGUGGACAAAGGCAUUACAAGUGCAAUGAAUGUGGGAAAGCCUUCAGCCGCAAAGACUCACUUGUUCAGCACCAGAGAGUCCACACUGGAGAAAGGCCUUAUGAGUGCAGUGAAUGUGGGAAAACCUUCAGCCGCAAACCCAUACUUGUGCAGCACCAGAGAAUCCACACUGGAGAAAUGCCUUACGAGUGUGGCAUAUGUGGGAAAGUUUUUAAUCAUAGCUCUAACCUUAUUGUACACCAGAGAGUCCAUACUGGAGCAAGGCCUUACAAAUGCAGUGAAUGUGGGAAAGCCUACAGUCACAAAUCCACACUUGUUCAGCAUGAGAGUAUCCAUAGUGGAGAAAGGCCUUAUGAGUGCAGCGAAUGUGGGAAAUACUUUGGUCACAAAUACAGACUCAUUAAGCACUGGAGUGUUCAUACUGGGGCAAGGCCUUAUGAGUGCAUUGCAUGUGGGAAGUUCUUCAGCCAAAGUUCUGACCUUAUUGCACACCAGAGAGUUCACAAUGGCGAAAAGCCGUAUGUAUGCAGUGAGUGUGGAAAAGCCUUUAGCCACAAACAUGUGCUUGUUCAGCACCAUAGAAUCCACACUGGAGAAAGACCGUAUAAGUGCAGUGAGUGUGGGAAGGCCUUCAGGCAAAGGGCUUCCCUCAUCAGACAUUGGAAAGUUCAUGCUGGAGAAACACCUUAGGAUAGCAGGGAAUAUGCCAUAGUGGGUGACACCAGAGAGAAGCUCUGAGAGUAGCCUGUGUGAGUAGCCAUCAGCUGGAAGAUGAGUCUCAUACAUUUGAACUCCCACCCUGAGGAGAUUCUUCUGUGUGCCAGCUAUAUGGGAAGGUUUCUGGAGCAAUAUUGCACUUCGUAACAUGCCUUUGUUCACUGUGAGAGGCCUCUGCACACUUGCCAGAAGCAUAUCGCUGCCAGUGUCUCUGAAAGAAUCCAUGUGUCUAUGCAACAGCAGGGUGCCACAUUGUGCGUAAGUCACCCCAGCGUGCUUUGAUGGGAAGCAUAUCGCUGCCAGUGUCUCUGAAAGAAUCCAUGUGUCUAUGCAACAGCAGGGUGCCACAUUGUGCGUAAGUCACCCCAGCGUGCUUUGAUGGGCAAGAUCUUUGCUCUUCCUCCCUUCCCUGGAGGGAAUCAUUGGUAGCCUGAGCCCAUUGAAGAUCCUCACUCCUUCCUGCCCCCCUACUGGUUAAGCAUGGAUGUGACCCAAUUUUGGCCAGAAGAACGUAAGCUUUGUUCUGCUGGCUGCUUGCAGAGAUUUCCAUUUUUCAGACUUUAUUGGUCUCAUGUGGCACUCGUGAUGGAUUUGUCCAGCCCCCAAGUAACCUAACUUGGGAAUUGUCUGCCUCAUAUUCUUCUGGUUUUGCAACAAAUGCCUUAGUUUUUAACUACCUUUAAUCCUGGGGAUUCUGUUCACUUUGUGGGUUGAGUUGAGAACAGAAUUGGGCUCUGCCAGCCUGAAAGAAUGAACAGCUUGUGUGAGAGGUUCAACUGUUGUGUCUCAGUGGUAUUUGCAGAAUGGUGAAGAAAGAACAGCUCUUAUUCUAGUUUCAGCCUAAUUUGCAUUGCUACUCAAGGCCUCCUAGGAAAGAAUACCAAUCUUUGCAGGCCUAAUCAUGUGUCCUGUAUGCCAAGAUGAUUUGUGUGACCAAGGUCUUCUUGAGCAAUGGGCAUUUGUCAUGACAACUUCUGAUGUGCCUGGGAGCAGCAUGAAUUGGGUCCCUUGUUCCCAGGGAAUGCUUCAUAUUCCCCAGCGCUCUUUAGGAGAGUUUGAUUCCCUGGGACCUACCAACAUCCCUGAAAUCUAUUAUUUGGUAGGCACAUGUCACUUUCCCCUAAAAGGACAUCUGAUAAAUAGGAAGUUGGGAGACUAUAGCCAACUAUAGGGAAUAUAACUCUUCUAAAGGCGUAUCCACAAAUGUUGCCAUCACUGUGACUUUGGUAUGAGGGUUUAUGGAAAUUCUCAGGACUCAUAUUUGUGUCUCAUAAUCUUACAGCUACAGUUACAGUCUGAGCAAUCUAAACAUUUUCUGCAAUUAAUUGCACAUAUUUAUAGUGUAUAAUUUGAUAAGUUUCGAUACAUGUUUGCACCUUUGAAACCAAGUUUCCUGAUUCCUUUUAUAAUAUCUCUCGCCCUCACCCAUUCCCAGGCAACCACUUCAUCUUGCUUUCUGUCAUUCUAGAUCUGUUUGGAUUUCCUAGAAUUUUAAAUGUGUGUGUAUGUGUAUAGAAUAAUUUAAAAGGUACUAGUAUAUAUAUGGCUUUUCAAACUCUGCAUAAUUAUGUUGUGAUUUAUCAGUGUUCUGUGUAUCAAUAAUUCAUUCUUUUUCAUCCAUACUUUUGCUUAAAGUAUUCCACUUUAGAGAAAUAGUUCCAAAGCAGGUGACCCAGGAGAGAACUCACGGGAACGAAGCCACAGUAUCUGUGGCUCAUAACCUUCACCUGGAAGUGAUGUGCCAUCGUUUCUGACUUACUCUGUGGGUAACACAGACUAAUCCUGGUUCAGGGUGCAAGGGGACUCACUUCACAACAGUGAGAAUACAAAGAGGUAGGGAUUUGUGGGAGCGUUUCUUGAAUACUGGUGAUCACAAUCAUAGUUGUUUUUCUUUUUUUACCUUUUUUGUCUUUUAAUGAGGAAUCGUAUUGACUGAUUUCAAAAGUUAAACCAACCUUGCAUUUCUCAGGUAAACCCCAUUUGGUCAUGAUGUACUACUCUUUUAUGCAUUGUUGAAUUUUAUAUGCUGGUUUUCUUUUUUUUUUUUUUUUUUAAAGAUUUUUGCAUCUAUGCUCAUGAGGGAUGUUAGUCUCUUAAUUUUUUUAAUGCAUGGGUUUGGUUGCUAUCAGUGUAAUGCUGGCUUUACAGAAUAAGUUGGUUAAGUGUCCCCUGCUCUUCAAUUUUCUGGAAGAGUUUGUGAAGAAUUGACAUUAUUUCUUUAUUAAUUGGUGGAAUUCACCAGUGAAGUAUUUGGGCCUGGAGUCUAUUUUGUGGGAAAGUUUCUAACUAUAAUUUUAAUUUCCAUAGUGAACAUAGGUUUAUAGAAUUUAUCUUCCCCCCCCCCCUACAGUGAGCUUUGGUGGUUUGUAUCUUUCUCAGAGUUUGUUUAUUUAAGUAGUCAAAUUUCUCAAGCUAUCCUUUUAUUAUUUUAGUACCUGUAGAAUCUGUAGUGAUGCCACCUCUCUUAUUCCCGACACUGGUAAUGUCUAUAUUUCUCUUUUUUUCUUCAUCAGUAGUUUAUCAGCUUUAUUGAUCUUCUGAAACCACUUGAUUUCACUGAUUUUUCUGUUUUUUCCUGUUCCUUUUUUUUUUCCCCGCAUUUUGACUUUUACCAUUGCCUUUUGCUUUUAUUGUAUUUCAUUUCUGUUCUUCUGCUACUUUUUAACAUAGUACCUGAGAUCCUUCAUUUGAAACUUUUGGGUUUUUUCCUAACAUAGGUGCUAAAUUCUAAAAGUCACUCUGUAACAACUGCUUUAGUUGCCUCCCACAAAAUUUGAUAUGUUGUAUUUUCAUUUUAACUACAUUUAAAAUCUUUUCUGGUUUCCUGUUAAAUUUCUUCUUUGACACAUGGUUCUUUUUAGAAGUGUGUUAUUUGGGAUUUUCCUUAUCUUUUUGGUAAUUGAUUUCUAAUUUAAUUCAUUGCAGUCAGAGUGUAUACUUUAUGACUUGAAUUAUUUACAUUUAUUGAUAUUUUCUUUAUGGCCCAGAAUAUGGGUUAUCUUGUAUUUCAUGUUAGCUUAAAAUGAAUGUAUAUUGUGUUCUUGUUUGAUGGAGAGUUCUACAAAUGUCAACUCAGUUAAGACGGUUGAUAAUGUCUAAGUUUUCUGUAUCCUUACUGGUGGGGGGGGGGAGUAGUGUCUGUCAAUUAUUUGAAUAAGGUUGUUGACAUCUCUGAAUAUAAAAAUGGAUUUGCCUAUUUCUCUAUCAGGUUUAGUUCUAUCAGGUUUUGCUUUGUGUAUUUUGAAGUCUUUUUAUUAGGUGAAUAAACAUUUCCUACUGUUAUGUCCACUUAAUGAGUAGAUCUCUUUUAUCAUUAAGAAAGGGUCCUCUU